AUGCCCAUUGAUGCGCAGCUUGAUGUAGGCGUUGGCACGAUUAACAGUAUGCUCAGUGUAGGUGUUGGUCAACGAUUAGGUUUAUUUGCCGGUAGUGGUGUGGGCAAAAGCGUCAUGAUGGGCAUGCUGGCUCGGUUUGUGAAGGCGGACGUAGUUGUUGUAGGGCUGAUCGGUGAACGUGGCAGAGAAGUGCAGGAAUUUGUGAUCGACAACCUGGGUUCAGGCUUGCAGCGUGCGGUGGUUGUCGCCUGUCCGGCGGAUGAUUCGGCAGCACUGCGGCUUCGCGGUGCUCGUCUGGCCACACAGAUAGCAGAGGUUUAUCGCGAUCAGGGUAAAAAUGUGCUGCUGCUGAUGGAUAGUUUAACCCGUGUGGCGCAGGCUCAGCGCGAGAUUGGUCUUGCCAUGGGCGAACCGCCAACCAGUAAAGGGUACACACCAUCUUCUUUUGCAUGGUUACCCAGGUUGGUUGAACGCGCGGGCUGCGGUGAAACUGCAGAGUCGGGCGCAAUCACCGGGUUUUAUACGGUGUUAAUGGAAGAAGAUGAUCUGCAGGAUCCCAUCGUGGAUGCUGCCCGUGCAAUUCUGGACGGGCAUAUAGUGCUCAGUCGCACACUGGCUGAACAGGGUCUAUAUCCGGCUAUUGAUAUCGGCAGUUCUGUCAGUCGUCUCAUGAAUCGUCUGACGUCAGUAGAACAACAAGGUUACGCACAACGUUUUCGUGCGCUUUGGCAGUGUUAUCGCGAACAGCAGGAUCUGAUCAACAUUGGAGCUUACCGGCCGGGCAGUGAUCCACUUACGGACGAAGCCAUUGCCCGGCACGAUGCGAUGGUGGCAUUUCUGCGGCAGAGUGAAGCCGAUGCAUGGCGGGUGCAACUGGAAAAGAGUAGUGCGGGAAAGCUGGCGCAGUGUCGCGAACAGCGCGAGCAGGCGCAAGCACAACAGUCCGAGCUGGGUCGGCUUGAACUGGAAUAUCGGCAACAGCAUCUUGAGAAAACGCAGACAAGCGCAUCUGCGUAUCAGCAGUUUCUGCGGUUCUAUCAUCAGUUAAGCCAGGCAGUGCAGGCGCAACAGGGUGUAGUGCAGCGUCUGGAGGCGCAGGAAUCGGCGCAGGUACAAAAAUAUGUUAUCUGUCACCAGGAUCGCCGGGCCAUUAAAAGCCAGCUCGAUAGCAAUUUGCAGAAACUGAUCAUCGCCAUCGAUGGUCGUUUUGAUUUCAGCGCUCAUAAAGACUUUCGUGAAGCCUAUGAAGAUCUGGACGCAAAACCCAACAGCUACCAGAUCGAUAUGACAGAAGCGCAAUAUAUAGACAGCUCGGCUCUGGGCAUGUUGCUGCUCCUGCGUGAUCACGCGGGUGGUGACAGUGCGGAUGUUGAAAUAGUUAACUGUAAUGCCGACGCAGCGAUUGGCCCCAACACCAUGAAAAGUGGCAGUGGCAAUCGUGUGCUGGUUGCAGACGAUAAUGCGGUCGAUCGAAAGUUGUUGGCCAAAAUUGUUGGCAGUGCCGGGUUCGAGGUUGUUGAAGCGGUUGAUGGUAAUGAUGCGGUUGACAAGUAUUUUUCCGAUAAACCCGAUCUGGUUCUACUCGAUGCAUUGAUGCCAGGCAGGGACGGUUUCUCAGUUGCCAGGGCUAUCAAGGCUCAUGAAACUGAUGAAUUUGUACCCAUCAUAUUCCUGACCAGUUUGACUGAAGCAUCUGAUCUUGCUCGGUGUGUUGAAGCGGGCGGAGAUGAUUUUCUCUCGAAGCCCUACAAUCACGUGGUGCUUAAGGCAAAACUGCAGGCUAUGCAGCGGAUGCGAGAAACUAACCAGACGGUGCAACUGCAGCGUGAUGAGAUUGCUCGGCACCACAUGCAGCUGGUAGCUGAUCAGGAAGCGGCUAAAGCCGUAUUUGAUAACGUUGCACACACGCGGAAUCUCGAAACUCCUUACAUCAAAUACCUCUUGUCUCCACUUGCGAUGUUUAACGGAGAUGUGUUGCUUGCUGCGCAGAACCCGGCUAACAGCGUUUAUAUCCUGCUUGGAGAUUUUACCGGCCAUGGGCUGGCCGCGGCUAUUGGCACAAUGCCUCUUGCAGAUGUUUUUUACAGUAUGACAGCCAAAGGUUUUACGCUGUCGCAAAUUGUCAAAGAAUGUAAUCGUAAGUUGGGUUCGGUUUUGCCGCCGGGCUACUUCUGCUGUGCAACAGCUUUGAUGCUCGAUUUUAAUCGUUCAACAGUAGAAGUCUGGAAUGGCGGGCUGCCCUCUGCCUACUUGAGAAAAGCUGAUUCCAAUGACAUACGUCUGCUGGCAUCGAAUCAUCUGCCUCUGGGGAUCAGCAGCGCUGACAAGUUUGAUGAUGCAACUUUAGUUUAUGAGGUUGAAUUGGGCGAUAGGCUGUUUCUGGCGACAGAUGGUGUAAUAGAGUCUCGCAACGAAGCGGGAGAGUACUUUGGCAGCGAUACCCUCGAAGAUAUUAUCAGCCAGGGUGCGUCGCAUGAUUUAUUUCAUCGCGUUCAGCAAGCGGUUAACAGCUUUGUGAAUUUUGACGGUCGAGAUGACGAUCUGACUAUGGUUGAAAUUACUGUAGUCACCCCAGAUAAAGUUCAGCCAGCUGAAGUGGUAGACGACGUCGAAGCGCUGGGUGGUCCAAGGGACUGGAAGUUUUCCUAUGAGCUGGGACCACAAUCGCUGAAAGAUUUUAAUCCUCUGCCCCUGUUACAACAGGUAUUGAUGGGUGCGCCGUAUCUUCGCACCAAGGCAACGGCAAUUUAUGCGGUUCUUGCGGAGCUGUAUUCAAACGCGCUGGAACAUGGAGUGCUUGGUUUAAGAUCAGAAAUGAAAUCCUCGGCAGAUGGCUUCGCAGCGUAUUACGCCGCCCGGGUUCGAGCUCUCGAAAGUGUCAAAGGUUUUGUUAGAUUCGAUUUUGAGGGCGAACUGGUGGAUAACGAUGUGCACCUGCAGAUCAUCGUGACCGACAGUGGUAAAGGUUUUGACUUUGAAACAUUUGUGGCUCGUGCCAGAAACGCAGUGGAUACCGUUGGUGGAUAUCACGGCCGCGGUAUACGUUUGCUCUGGGACCUAUGUGAAACUGUGAACUACGUUGAACCCGGCAACCAGAUUGAGAUGAAUGAGAUCUUGAAUGAAGAAUUGCUGGGCGAGCUGAAACUCAUUAUGGAAGAUGAGUUUGGCGACUUAAUGCAGACGUUCCUUGUAGAGUCGCAGAAGCAGUUCCACAGCGCUAAGUCGGCCUGGGAUGGCGGUGAUUUUGCAAACCUGCGGUUGUCGGCCCACUCGUUAAAGGGCAGCUGCGCCAACGUAGGGGCUGAGCAGCUUCAGCAGACCUGCGCGUUAUUGGAAGAUCAGGCUAAGGCGGGUAUCGGAGAUCGUGUUCCGGAGUUGCUGGCCCAGGUCUCUACUCAGCUGCAUGAUGUACAUGGUCUGAUUGAAUCGCUCUGA